AUGCUGAAGCUGUUCGGGGCGCUGGUUCUCCUCGGACUGGCCCUGGCGUGCAUCACCUCCUGGGUGCUGGACAGCUAUGACACGGCGUGGCACCCGAAACGGAGCGUCCGGCACCCGACUGUCGGAGACGAAUCCAGAGGGAGGUCUCCUCCAUUCCCCGGCGGCGAGUUGGACAAUAUAUUCUGGUUUAUACAGGUCUCUGACAUUCACAUUAGCCGCUUUCAUGACCCGAGACGCAUUCCAGAUUUUGAAAAGUUUUGCACUGACACAAUCGAAGUGAUCAAACCAGAUCUAGUGCUCGCAACAGGGGAUCUGACGGAUGCCAAAACCGAGAGCAAGGUGGGUUCCCUCCAGCACGAGGUGGAGUGGCAGGCCUACCACAACAUCCUGAAGAGGUCGCGCGUGAUGGAGCGCACCAGGUGGAUAGACAUCCGUGGAAACCAUGAUGCCUUCAAUAUUAUGUCUCUGGACAGCGUCAACAACUACUACCGGAAAUACUCUGCUAAUCAGAAAGUAGGCUCCUUCCACUAUGUCCACGAAACACCAUUUGGCAACUACUCCUUUGUCUGUGCGGAUGCCACUCUGACUCCAGGACCCAAGAGGCCGUACAACUUCUUUGGUAUUCUCAACCAGACUCAAAUGGACUUGCUGGACACGUUCAGAGUUGAGAGUCUGAAGAGCAACCAGUCGAUCUGGUUUGGCCACUACACCACUUCCACCGUCGUCUCCCCGUCUCCGGGCGUUCGGGACGUGAUGAGAUCUGCAGUUGCAUAUCUGUGCGGCCACCUGCACACACUCGGCGGUCUGAUGCCCGUCCUCCACAGCCGACAUCCUCAAGGCACCCUGGAGCUGGAGCUGGGCGACUGGAUGGACAACCGCAGGUACAGGGUUCUGGCCUUAGACCACGACCUGCUUAGCUUCGCUGACCUGAGGUUUGAGCAGUGGCCCGCGGUGCUCAUCACCAACCCCAAGGACGCACAGUACCUGCAUCCCGGACUGGAGCCGCUGGGUCGCAUCCGCAGAUCCACACACAUACGGAUCUUGGCCUUCUCCGAGGCCCCGAUCACAGCGGUGCAUGUGAGCGUAGACGGGGAACCUCUGGGGAACGGCCACUCUGCUGGAGGUCCCCUCUAUGUUCUGCUGUGGGAUCCGUCUCUCUACCUCACUGGGCUGCACACCAUCAGGGUUAAAGUGGAGGACUCGGCAGGCCGGUCGUCGGUGCGAGAGCAGCACUUUACUCUGGAGGACGACCUGACUCCGAGCUUCGGCUUCGCGCAGUCCUUCAUCCUCCUCACAGACCACUACGUCCUGGCCCGAGCGGCCUUCGUUGCCACGGUGCUGCUGAACGUCGGGGUGCUGCUGGCCUUCAGGUUCCUGCCUGUUCCUUCUGGGAGAGGCUUGACCUCUCAAGCAUGUAUGUCGCUCCACCUGGUCAGCACGAUGGACUCCCUCUUCUACUCUCUGCUGCUGUUUAACCUGUGCACAGCCUUAGGUCCGUGGUUCAUAGGAGAGCUGAUAGAUGGCCACAGUGGCGCCUGCUUCGCCUUCGGGGUGUUCGUCGAUGGACACUUCCUGGAGGGCAGCCUCACUUACGUUGUUGGAGUCGUUCAACUUCUAUUCUUCAACAUGCCCCUCACCUGUUAUCUCUGCUGGAGCCUCCACCACCGUUGCCGCGGCAACACCUUCCGAUCCCACUUCCUGCGGCCGGGCUGCCGCUGGCGGACUCUGGCGGUUCACCUCUUCAUGCUGCUGCUGCUCACUUGGCAGGCGCACUCCUGCUACUUCCUCCUGGAGACCUACGGCCUGAUAGCCUUUUUCCUGUCUCCGGUGCGCACGUGGGCACUGGCGCUCAGCCUGCUAUUGGUCUACCGCGCCUGGACAGGCCCCGCCCCUUCCGUUCGCGACAACAGCAAGAGCGUCUCUCCCUCUUGACAGUAAUUCCACUGUGCCAUCACGACUCCCCCCUCGAGCCUGACUCACAGAUAUAUAUAUAUUCUGCCGUCUCUAUCCACCCCCUCCCCCCAAGACGGCAGCCCCCCCCCCCCCCCCACCUCCUUUCUUUCUCUCCUCCUCCUUCAAAUAGCCACUUCACAGUACACCACUCACUAUCCUGUUCAUAGAUGGUAUUGUUUGCUUAAUAUGCAUGUUAUUGUAGAACACCGUCGAGCACAUUUCUGGCCACAUUCAUAGCAAUGUGUACAGUGUAAAAAGAAACGACACCGUGGAUCCAUUGGGGGGUGAAAUAGCCUCUCUGAGCUAAGUGGAGUAGUCCAAUGCACCCACAGUUAAUGCCACUUCACCACUGCCAAAGGAUGGAUUAAGAAAGAAAUUAUUUCCUCCUGAAAAUCAUUUUCAUUCACAAAUAACCCGACCUCGUGUUUAACUUCCGACACACACACACACACACACAUGUGGAUGAGAGAAGACGUCAUUUUGUACGCUGUAAGCUUUCCUAACCGCCCCGCGGCGUGACUUAAAAUACCACCUAGACGAUUAUAUUUUAAAGGUUUUAAGGAAAAAUACAAAUCAAUCAAACAAUGUAGUUGAUCUGUGAACAAGUAGUCGAGGACUGAAAGUGUUUUUAAAUAAAUAUGAACUCCAUUGCGCA